AUGGCGGGUAUUGUUCAUCGUUACCGUAGGAGAAGGAACUGUCAAAGGGUGGAUGCUGAGCAUGCAAAACCACUCGAGCAAUACACAUCAGAAGAACUGUAUGCACGUUUUCGUUUUGGGAGAGAUGACAUCAAGUACAUUGCAGAUCUUAUCAGGCCAACACUCCAACACCAAACCCAAAGGAGUCAUGCUUUAUCCGUGGAGGAACAGUGCUUAAUCACUCUGCGCUUUUACGCAUGUGGGACUUUCUACCAAGUAAUUGGUGACAACAUGGGAGUAAGAAAAACAACCGUGAGUAAUGUGGUGAAGGCUAUGUCAGUAGCACUGGGCAGUCUGAUCAAUCAAUUAUUUUACUUUCCCAAGGAUGACCAGACAGCUCAGACUAAGCACAAGUUUUUUCAAAUGGGGAACAUGCCUAGCACUAUUGGUGCUAUUGACUGUACUCAUGUGCAUAUCCAAGCACCUUAUGAAAUGGAAUGGGAGUAUGUCAAUCGAAAGGGGAGGCACAGCAUCAACAUCCAACUUGUGGGCAACGCCAACCUCAUAAUAACAAACUGUGUUGUGAAAUGGCCAGGGUCUAUUCAUGAUGCACGUAUUCUAAGAGAAAGUGCACUAUACAGAGCACUACAAUCCCACCGACCAAAUGACAUAAUAUUGGGAGACAGUGUGUAUCCCCUCCUACCAUGGCUAAUGACCCCUUUUCCAGUUGCAAACACACCUGAGGAGUCUCGCUUCAACUCUUCACAUUGCAAAACAAGAUGUGCCAUUGAACGCUUAAAUGGAGUCCUGAAGAGAAGGUUGGCAUGUCUUAACUACUUGCGAGUGCAACCCAAGGUGGUAUGCAACAUAAUCCUUGCAUGCAUUGUUUUGCAUAACAUUUCAACCAGGCGUCAUGUCCCUCUUGAUGACAAUUUUGAUGAACUUGAGCCUGAUGUAGAACCAGAACAGCCACCAAUGUUCUUACAUAAUGAAGGACACACUGGACAUGCAAUUAGAGAUGCAAUUGUGAGAAAUUACUUUUGCUAUUAA